AUGUUCAUUUGCACUUUAUUUCUUCUUACUAUUUCUUAUCAUAUAUCAUGGUGUCAAUAUGAUUUAACCAAUGUGGUUCGAGGUACAAAAAUGUCUGUUAAUGAUGAUAUGUUUGUAUCGGCAUCUAAUGCUUUUUCUAAUUUUGCUGUUAUCCUACAUCCUUACAGAAGUACUAGUGCCGGAGGACACAUACAAUGUAACGUGAGAUACAAUACGUCUGAUCGUUAUGUUCAUAGUGUAGCUGUAGCAGGUAUUGCUCAAAAUAGCACUAAUGAUGAACAUUUUAUAUUUGUUUUUGCUGCGGAAAAAAUGUCGACAAUGACUCCAUACGUUUGUGUUGUUCAUGUACAAGUAAAAAAUUCAACAUGUGACUCUGUAUAUCAAUGCACAGACAUGAGUACAGGAGGAUUUCAUCAAGAAUAUUUUCUUAUUGGUGUCGAUAGUAAUGGUACUUUUGCUUAUGGUUUUACGAAUUCAUUUGUAUUUAAAUUAGAUAUUUAUGCGAAUAGUAUUAUUGUAAAUGUUACGGCAAACUCUGUUUGGUCAUCAUCAGGCUUUAUUCCACAUGCCGUGGAUGUAGCUAAUACAUGGGCAGUAGUUGCUGGUUAUGGAUAUUUCGAUACUGUAAAAAAGAAUUAUGUUGCACUUGGAUGCUUUAUUAAUCUUUCCGUCCUAAUAAAUGCAUCUUGUACAUCUCUCACUACUGAAACGACAUAUUUAGUACCAUCGAAUGUUAUCUCAUACAGUGAACUUUAUGAAUUAUCAGUUGCUAUUCGUAGUCUAAAAGUUGUCGUUGGAGUGUCGCGACUUUCAACAUUUGUCGUUCUUAAAAAUCUUGGAUCAUCAUUAAAUGUUACUGAUAUACAUACAUUAUCUUAUCCCGAUGGUUCUUCACUUGGUCGCGUCGUAGACUGGGCAGAUGAUACAACAAUUGCUGUUUUAGUUGAAGAUACAAUGGAAACAUCUUGGUCAAAAUCACAAAUAUUCUUUUAUGAUGAAAAUUCGGUUAAUUUGACUACUCCACUCUUUACUUUUCCUAAUAAUCAACAAAUAUUGGGUACCCGUUUGUCACGUCCAUCUUUUGCUCGAUUUGGUAUUACAAGAGAAGGUAAUAUGGUUAUACUUACAGAAAAUGCUGAUGUUUUAAUUAUUCCUUUUACUCCUGCUGGUUAUACAUCAACAUGGAAUGAUACCAAAGAACGUGUAUUCCUAUUUUAUUUUAUAGAAAAUCUUUGUAUUGGUGGAACAUAUAAAAAUCGUUCAAGUUUAGGCCUAUGUCAAAUUUGUCCUCCAGGUACUCGAAAUCCUGGUACACUUGAUAAUGGAGUCCUUCAAUGUAUACCAUGUUCAAAAAAUUCCUCAACUUCAUUUUGUCCACUUGCAUCAUUAGUUGAUAUUGACUUGAGUACAGUACCUCCCUAUAGUCAANGUAGACUGGGCAGAUGA